CUUUCUCCUCGCGGCUGCCAUAGGAGGAAGAAUAGCUGGCCCUGGCUUUCACAGGAUAGUUAUUCUGGUGGAUUAGCUACAGUACAUACGUACUGUAACGACUUGGCGCGCACAAGGACUGCUGGAGGAGACGAAAAUGAUGCAUCAGCAAUCCAUGAUGGUUGGAGAUAUGUUACCCGUUCACCCUGAAAUACCCGUGCAUGCCGAGGAAAUGAAUAAUGUGGGCUAUGACAACAGUGGCUCAUAUGCAUACGACGAUCUGUUCCCUGCGCUGCCGCACUCCCAACCCCCCGUGCAGCGCAACAUUCAACAAGUGACUAAUAAGCUUCGUGUUGGUUCUUCUCUGCACACCCAGGUCUUCCAUGUGCCAUAUGAAGAAAGAAAAUUAGAUAAUGCCAAUACAUUUGGUGAGGGAGAAUCGCUAAGAACUUGUCAAGCUAUCACUAAGGAUACUGGAGCCCACAUUGAAAUAUCUACAAGCAAGGAUGGAAGUCUGACUUUCCUCAUAACUGGAAAGCAUAGUGCUGUCCUUGAGGCCAGGCGCCAAAUUUUGACGCAUUUUCAACAACAGGCUAGCAAGCAAAUUUCGAUCCCCAAAGAACAUCAUCGUUGGAUCUUGGGAAAACUAGGCCAAAAACUGAAGGACCUUGAGAAGGUGACUGCUACGAAAAUUAGCGUGCCAAGUAUUUCUGACAAUAGUGAAACUGUCACUAUAACAGGAACCAAGGAAGGCAUUGAGAAAGCUGAACAUGAAAUCAGAGUGUGCUCUGAGGAACAGUCGCGUAAAGCCUUAGAACGCAUAAGCAUCCCCAAGAUCUACCAUCCGUUCAUCCAAGGCCCUUAUGGCGAGCGUGCCUCUGCCAUCAGCGCUGAAACCGGCGCCCGAAUCCAUAUUCCCCCAGCCUCUACACAGAACGACGAAAUCGUUAUUGCUGGCGAGAAGAACGGAGUUUUAGCGGCGAAGGCGCAAAUUGAGCAGAUCUAUGAUGAUAUGGUUAAGAAAUGUUCAACAGUCCGAGUAGAAGUUCCCAAGUCUCAGCAUAAAUAUGUGAUUGGAGCCCGUGGUACAACCAUCCAAGAGAUAUUGAAGGAAACUGGAGUUUCUGUAGAAAUGCCACCACCUGAUUCUCCAACUGGCACUAUCACCCUCCAUGGACCUCAUAACAAGAUUGGCCUUGCUCUAUCAAAAGUAUGUGAGAAAGCAAACUCUGUAAAGACUGCGACUGUGGAUGCCCCAACAUGGAUUCAUAAAUAUAUUAUUGGUAAAAAUGGCUCUAACAUAAAAAAGAUAACACAGGAUUUCUCAAAGGUUCAUGUUGAUAUUACGCACUCUGAAGAUAAAGUGAAGAUAGAUGGCCCACCCGAAGAAGUAGAACGUGCCCAAGUGGAACUAGAUGACUUUGUUAAAAAUUUGCUUGCUACUCUUACUUAUGUCGAGUUAUCUGUCGAUCCGAAAUUCUUCAAGCAUAUUAUUGGCAAGAGUGGAUCCAACAUUAACAGACUGAAAGAUGAGACUGGUGUAGUUAUUAACAUUAUUGAGAACGAAGGCAACAACGUCAUUCGUAUUGAGGGAAGCCACCAAGGCGUUGCCGAUGCAGAGAGAGAAUUAAGGGAAAUGGUAAUGAAAUUGGAAAACGAAAGGACGAAAGAAGUAUACGUAGAUCAUAGGUAUAUCAAAUCUCUUAUUGGAGUAAGAGGUGAGAAAAUCAAGGAAAUCCGCGAAAAGUUCGAUCGAGUUCUAAUCACGUUACCUGAUCAAGGACAAAAGAGGAGUCCAAUCAAGCUAAGAGGUCCUCAAGAAGACAUCGAGAAAUGCGAAAAGUUCCUACACAAACUAUUGAAAGAAAUCGCCGAAUCCUCGUAUGUACAAGAGGUUCCUAUUUUCAAGCAAUUCCAUAAAUUUAUCAUUGGCAAAGGUGGAGCUAACCUUAGAAAGAUUCGUGACGAGACCCAAACGCAGAUCGAUCUCCCUGCCGAAGGUGACGAUAGCGACGUAAUAACUGUGCGUGGUAAACGGGAAAAUGUCGAAGAAGCAGUUAAAAGGAUACAGCAGAUACACAAUGAGAAGGCAAACAUAGUGACGGAGGAGGUGACUAUUCCGCCUAAAUACUACAACUCGUUGAUUGGAGCGGGUGGUAAACUUAUUCAUUCCAUUAUGGAGGAGUGUGGCGGAGUACUUAUAAAAUUCCCGGCCGCAGAGAGUGAUAGUGACAAGGUAGUCAUUAAGGGCCCCAUUGAGGAUGUGGAGAAAGCCAAGCAACAAUUGUUGGCCCAUGCUUCAGAGCGCGAGCUAACCUCUCACACAGCCCAUGUGCGCGCGAAACCGGAACAUCACAAAUUCCUCAUUGGGAAAAAUGGUGCUAAUAUUAAGAAAAUACGCGAGCAAACUGGUGCUCGUAUAAUCUUCCCAACUGAAAAGGAUGAAGAUAAAGAAGCAAUUUUUAUCAUUGGCCGCGAGGAGCAAGUAGAAGCGGCGCGCAAGCAGCUAGAAACGGCAGUCGCCGAGAUCAGCAACGUGGCCGAAGGCGAGAUGACAGUAGCCGCGCGCCACCACCGCCACUUUGUAGCGAGGCGGGGGGAGGUGCUGCGUCGCAUCGCUGACGACUGCGGAGGCGUGCAGAUCUCCUUCCCGCGGCAGGGCGUCAGCAGCGACCGCGUCGUCCUCAAGGGGCCCAAGGAGUGCAUCGAGGCUGCCAAGGCGCGCAUCAACGAGAUCAUCGAGGACCUGGAAGCUAAGGUGACAAUCGAAUGUGUGAUACCGCAAAGACACCAUCGCACCGUGAUGGGUGCACGUGGUGCCAAAGUGAAGGAUAUCACUGCAGAGCACGACGUUCAAAUAAAGUUCCCCGAGCGUGACACAGCCGAGGCGGCCGACAUUCCAGUCAAAAACGGCGAAGAUGGUGCGGAGCCUGGCACCAAUGACAUCAUCAGGAUCACAGGCCGGCCGGAGAACUGUGAAGCCGCCAAGAAAGCUUUAUUGGAACAGGUACCCAUUACUAUUGAUGUGGAAGUUCCCAAUGAGCUGCAUCGCCUUCUUGCCGGUCAAAAGAGGAGGGAACUUAUGCAGACAUAUGAUGUCCACAUUUUGCUGCCGCCUAACGAAGAUCCUAGUGAUUUGGUUAAGGUAACUGGAACGCCCACUAAUGUAGAAAAAGCAAAGCAAGCAUUGGCUGAGAAGAUUGUUGAAAUGGAAAAAGAAAAAGAGGACCGGAAGCUUAGAUCAUACGAGCUCAAAUUCAAAGUUGAUCCAGAAUAUCAUCCACUUGUUAUUGGCAAGGGAGGUUCUGUCAUCACCAAAAUACGGACUGAUUAUGGAGUACAAAUAAAUUUGCCUAAACGCGGCGAGCCUGAGGACGAUAUCAUCACGAUUCAAGGAUACGAAGACAAGGCUCACCAAGCAAAGGAUGCAAUCAUGGCGAUUGUCCACCAACUUGACAACCAAUUCCGCGAGGAAGUGGACAUUGACCCGCGCGUACACAGGCGGCUCAUCGGUCUCCGCGGCAAGAACAUCAGGCGCAUCAUGGACGAGUACAAAGUGGACAUCCGGUUCCCCAAGAACAACGACGACAGCCUCGUCGUCAUUACCGGCGACGAGGAUAACGUGCUCGACGCCAAGGACCAUCUGCUCAAUCUGGCGGAGGAAUAUCUGCAAGACGUGGUGGACAGAUACCAGCGGCCGGCUGCGCCGUCGCUCGGCGAUUUCGGGGACGUGCUAGCCGCCGCUGGCAACGAGAACCAACCGACGACCAACACUGGGGCCAACGUUGGCGCCAACGCCGGCCCUGCUGGGUUCGUGGUGAAGGGUGGGCCGUGGGAGCAGCGUGCGCCCGAUACCGCGUCCACGCACGAGUUCCCCACCAUGCCGGGCGCCGGCCGCUCCCCGCCCGCUGCGCAACCCUCCCCAGCACCCAUAACUCCCUGGGGACCUAGGCGCUAAACUGCUCCUUCUCACUCCUCUACGCCACAGACAGAUAAUAUCGCAUCCACGCACUAGUUCCCCCCCCCCCCCCCCCCCCCCUCAGAUUCGAGUGGUCUAGAGGCUCCAGACCGAGACCCCCCGUGGGGAGAUGCCAUCCGCCUGGAAUACCUCUAGCUAGAGCCACUCGCCAAUUCUCGGCUUGAGGUCUCCUUAGGAUCUCGCCGUCCCCAAUUCCGGUGACGCUGUAAAGGUCAUCUACGACCAACAGCAUACACACUCCAAAAAAAAACUAGUUCCCCACCAUGCCGGGCGCUUGCUGCGCCCCUCCCCUCCCCGCCCCUAAAGCGCCUGGGGGCCCAGGCGCUAAACUUCUUCUCCGCACUCUACGCCUUAGCAUAGACACAGAAAGAAAGAGAUAUCACCGCGUCCACGCACGAGCUCCUCACUAUGCCAGGCCUAGCCUAGAAAUAGGUGACCGGGGCCCAUGCUUUUUCACCACUUAUUGGUUCUCGUGAGUACUCAAAAUGUUCAUACAAUUUGAAGUGCAUGCGGCGUCUUCUUUAAUCUAGGUCUGUGCUCUACACACUAUCCAUCUUGUUAGAUCCAGCGUGCGGGACACCAAUAUAAACGUAAAAGAGAUGUAGAUACAGAAUCUCUUUUACGCGUAUAGCGCUAUCUCGUAGGCUGGAUCCAGCAGGAUGGAUAGUGCGUAGAGCUCUUUACGACGCGUAUACAAACACGAGUGGGAUAUCUAUGUGUUGAUCGAAGCGUAUGACCAACAAAGGAUGCAUUGUUAUCAAGCGACACGAUCGCCUAGAAAUCCUGUGACAUGGAGACGGAAAUCCUUAAUCAGACACGUCAACGGGUGUAUAAUGCGACAUUGGUGUGUUAACUGUGCCUAAAAUACGCGUACAGGGGCCACUGGCUAGUGUAGCGUAGUAUAACAUUCGUGUCUCUGUCUUCGUUUCGAGACUAUUUGAUUUGCCUAAGUCACAUGUCUAUUCCUCCUCUUAGUUAUCUAAGUUAAACUCAGUAUAAUAUAUUAUGUUAUAUUAAUUACAAGUUUCCGAACCUCCAAAUUCGAUCUUGUAGAUGACAUUUUCGUUAGCGCGGUGCUUAGCAAGGUGGCUCAUUUGCAGUCCUUUAAACGGCAUACAGAUCGAGCAAAUGAAACAUAAUUAUACUCUCCGUGUUUAGUGUAAUGUCAUUAAUGAAGUAUUUGAAUAUUACUACUCGAUAUUAUAAAAAGAGACUGCGUAAAUGACUCCAUGUUUAUUACAUCUUCUUCGGUGGACAAAUAUUACGCAAUACUUUUUUUCCGUCAGUUUUCAGUCAGUCGUCACUUUGUUCGUGCUUUCACUCGUGCCCGAAGCCUUUGCGUGUCUGUAUAAGGGAAUUGCAAGGUAACGAAAUAUUUGUAUAACUUGAUAUGAUAUAUAUUAUAUACAUGUUUUAUGAAAGCUAUUGAAAGAAUAGAAAGUGUAUGCCACAGACGUAUCCUCGCACGCACUAAAGAAUGUGAAUGUGCCUCUGUAUUUGGUAAACUAUAUUUAGUUUGAUUUGUGAAUAUACACUUAUAUUCCACACAAGACUAGGUAUCCAGCUUACAUAUUCAGCAUAUUUCUCAGUUUAGAGAAUAUUCCUGUCAUUGAAAUUCAUGUCGAUGAAGUUUAAACAAUGAAGUUUGAAUGAUUAACGUAUUAUGCUUAAAAUUAGUAUUUAUUAUCGCCA